AUGGAAUCAACAUCGCUAGAGCAGCCGCUCAAAACGGUCGACUCAACCAAAUCAACGUCGUUAACUGAGUUGAACAAACCGUUUAAAACAAUCGACCUUACCAAUACGGCAGAUCCUUCCGCUGAGGAGGAACUACUAAGAGGAGCACAGCCGAUCGAGCAGCGCAUACUCACAAAGGUCGAUACAGCGGUACAAGACACGACCCUCACUCUACAUUCCGUCGAAAAUGAUGAGUUCACCACCAUCCGACAAGUAGUGACCACUGAAGUCACCACUGAAGUCAUCGAAACAACCGAGCCGACACACCUUGUUGGUACAUAUGAUCUGACCUCUGAAAGUCCUCGCAACGACGAAGAAUCUCAACAGCCAGUAUCACCACGUACCGAAGCGGCGCUCCUCAACGAAGGAGUACAGCAAACGAGCGAACCGGCAAUUGAACCUUCAAACGCCGAAAAAAUCGACGAAAACGACGACGAGGGUGAAGACGACAACGACGACGAGGGUGAAGACGACGAAGACGACGAAGAUCUCUAA